UAUAAAGAGUCUCCCGGCAGAAAACGAACCGCCGCGCCGGUUUAAUCGCGGUGCUCGCCCGUUUACAUACACGCGCUCUUCCGUCGAGUGAGAAAGAGACAGAAAGGAGCGCACAUCCGAGCGGAGUGCGUACGUACACUCUCGCGUGUCCGUUUGCACGCGUCGUGCGUAUCCGCUUAGCCUCUCUAUCCUGCGUUCUGCUCCUUUGCUCCGUUCUUCCUGCUCCUCUCUUUUCAUUCACUGUCUCUUUUUCUCAUCGCUUUCAGCAUAUCCGUCCUGUUACUCCGUUUCGCGGAUUGCUUCUGAAGGAAGACGCUUUAAAGGGGGAUAUCAUUCGUGGAAAGGAUGCGGGAUUAGGUUGUGUUCAUAAGAAGAGAUUUCAUUGCUUCUUAACGUUAAAAACGCGUGGCAGCUUCGAAAACUAUUGAGAUGCGUCUAAUAGUCGCAUCUAAUAUGGACCGCUGUUUACGCCUCGAUUCGAGAGGCUUCGCGAGUCGUACGUUACGACGUAUCCCGAAUAAAAUUAAACCGCUUACUCAGCGCGCCCUCGUGACGCCACGUCGCGCCGGAAUCGCGGUCGUUUUGCGCGUUGACAUCCAUUAAUCGAACGAGUCUCCUUGCUCACGGAAUUCGCGCGCGGUAUCGGGUGAAACUACAGUUAAGUAUGUAGCGUGGCUAGAUAAUGUAAUAUCUCCCAGUAAAAAAGCUAGAUAAGGCAAUAGCACAAUUACAUCUUUUUACGAGUCAGAUAAUACAUCGAUAUCGAGUCCGAUAAAUUGAUAGAAAGAAAACAAUUAAAGGAAUCUACUUCGGAUAUCAACAAUGGUUUUCAAACUAUCGAUUGUCCAACAUAAUUUUCUGCCUACUCAUUUCCCGUUCUAAUAGUCUUAAACUGUAAUAACAGGAAUGAUUUUGCUAAUUGCUCGAUAAUGUCUUAAUUACUUCUAAGUAGACUUUUAUGCAAAAUAAAACAUUUAUGACAACGAUUUACAAAAUGUGUUAUAGAUAGGAAUUUUUUUCAUCAAUUCAAAUGCAUAUGAUUUUUCAAAUUUCUUUUAUUUUUGUAUAAUGACAGCAAGUAACACUUUAUACCUAUUACAUAUUUAAUUUUUCUAUAAAUGCGUAAAAUUCGCGGUCUACUCAUAAGCAAUCACACAUGGGAGAAUCCGAGAUCGAUGUGAAUGCGGCCUUAUCCGACACACGCGUCUACAUUACACGCGCGUGCACAAAGCAAAAGCGCCUCCGAUAUCUCUCUCGGCCGGUGAGCCAAGCCCAGCGUCCAAGUUGCACCACAGCCAAUUCGAAGCACAUGCACGGGAACCGUUCGACCGGUGCUGCUCGGACCUCGCAACUGCGCGACGAAAACAAGAACCGAACGCGUGUUCAGAAACGAGAAACCGAGGCGCGGUGUCUGGCAAAUGAUUUGCUUAUCAACAAUUCAGAUAAAUCGAAUUCCUAUCUCGCACGCUCUCGUAUUGUCAAGCCAAAUUGUUACUGCGCGUGUGUUGCCCGGACCUACAAUAGAUUGUAUAUACGCCAACGGGGAACGAACGGUAUCGAAAUAAGUCGUAAAGAGGAAGUGCUACGUGUAAACGAGGGUAUUACGUGUACCGAUGAUAACGCAAUGCGCUCUUUGUGUAUCGAUAUCGCGACAACGUGUGUAUUCCUGUCGGCCUUUAUAAAAAUCACGAGCUACGGCGAGAAUAGAUAGGACGAUUAUUAUUAUUAUUAUUAUUAUAUGAUACCUGU